AUGGACAAUUUUGAUUACUUUCUUCCAAUGAAAGUUCCAAUUAAAAUUUUUAAAAUGUUUGGUUUCUGGUAUGAUAAAGAGGCUUCAAAGUUUUAUAAAGCUUACGGCGUUUUUAUGCAUUUGUUCUUCAUCGAACUGUUUCUUACUGGUCAGUUGGGAAGAUUCUUUCUUACCGAUAGUCUCGUGGAAAGGGCAGCCAUUACUUCAGUUUUGUUCACCUUCGUUGGAAUUUUUGCUAAAGCAUCAAUUGUGAUGUUCAUAACAGACGAAUUGGUAUUAGUCAUUGAAGAUUUGAAACAUUUUAUUUCAUUCUUGGAAGUUGGAGAUGGCAGCCUUAAAUUUCUAAGAAAUCGUGUCAAUCAAUCCACUAAGCUUUUGAGGGUAUAUUGGAUUAUCUGCUACACUGCCUGGUUUGCGGGAGCUUUAAUACCUAUGAUUUCGAUAGUGACGGAACCUUCACUAUUUAUUUUCACGUUCUUUUACAUGAUGCCAAUGAUCUUGGAAAUAUUCAUACCAUGUUAUUUCGGAAACGAAAUUUUGUUGGCUUCUCAAAAACUAUCGACAAGUCUUUUUCACAGUGAUUGGAUUCAGGAAGACAAAAAUUUUAAAACCGCAUUGAAAAUGGUCUUGGAAAAUACAAAAAAUCCGAUAAAAAUUGCAGCAGCUCAAGGAGUUUUUCCUGUAAGUUUGGUAACCUUUUUGAGAAUCAUUAACUCAGCUUUCUCAGUCUAUGCUGUUUUGCAAAGCAUCAAGUAG